AUGGAUGAAAAUGGGCAUCCCUGUUCGAUCUGGCCAUGCUACUCAAACUGCUGUUACCUGACUUGCCACAGCAGAAAGAAAAAAUGCUGCUUGUGUUGGCGCUUCUUGUUUACCAGUGAGCAGAACUGCAGCUGUUUCCCAUGUCCGUAUGAAGAAGACAAGCCUUGCCAGUGGUGCCACUGCUCAUGUGCAGAGCACGCAAAUUGCUGGUGGUGCUGCUGCUCUUGUUCAAAUGACCCAAACUGCAAAUGCUGCUGCUGCAGUGGAGAUAAUUCGGCAUGUCAGUAUUAUGAAAGCAAGUGCUACAGAGGCUCUGUUGAUGAACCACAUCACUCAAGAACACCAGGAGCUGUUCAGUCAAAAGAUUUCAUGUCAAGAUUUAGAACUAGGAAUAACGCAUCUGUCAUUACACCAGAAAGGAAUGUCUCCAGCCACGCUUUCUAUGACCAGCUUAUCUGUCCACUGUGUAAGCAAUUGUUUCUCCAACCAUUUAUGCUGCCAUGCAGUCAUUGCAUUUGUGAGAAGUGUAUAAUUAAAAGCAAGACCAAAGCUGAAGUAACUGAAGACUUUUAUAUCAUCGUAUGCCCAGUGUGUAGCAAAGCACAUUGCCUCCCCUACACAAAUAAAAUUCAGCUGAGGAAGAAUUACCUCAGGGCAAAACUAGCCAAGAAAUACAUGCACAGACAUGACUUUCUGAGGUGGAGAUUUGACCAUAGUGAAAGACCAGUCUACUGUGAAACUUGCAGGGAGAGAAGAGUGGCAACCAAAAGAUGUAGAACAUGUGGAAUUAAUUAUUGUAAAGAAUGUCUGCAUUUAAAUCAUAGUGAGAACGGUGCUCAAAACCACAUUUUCACCAAAGCACAUCAAGAAGAUCAUGAACAGUGGCGCUGCUUACUGCACAGCAACUCAAACCUCUCUGAAUACUGUCUGGAUGACCAUGAACUGAUCUGUGCGUUCUGCAAGAACACACUGCACAACGAUCACGAGACUAUUCCCUUGGCAGUUGCAUGUUCAAGAGAGGCUGCUUCCCUCUUUGAUACAAUUGCAAAAUUUAGAAAAGUACGCCAAGGAGUUGAUAAUGAUCUAACAGAAAUUAUCCUGUUAAAAAACAAUUUCAAGACCUAUAAGGACACCAAAAGAAAGGAGAUCAGAAAUGGAUUCUUAAAAUUACGUAUGGUUCUUCAUGAACAAGAAAAGGAGAUGACGGAAUUGCUUGAAAACAUUGAACUUAAAAAACAGAAAGAAAUUUCAGAAUACAUAAACUAUACAUCCAGACAGCUAUCAUAUAUGGAUGGCCUUAUUCAAUACUCUAAAGAGGCUCUUAAGGAGGAAAGCCAAGUUGUGUUUCUGCAGUCUGCACACUGCUUAGUGAAAGAAAUAGAAAAUGCAGUUCCUUCCAUUUUCCAACCUAGUCCACGUCUAAGAGAAGAUCCCUUAAGAAAACUUCAAGUCAACUUUGAUGAACUUUUCUCCGUUUUACAGGGACUUGUCCCAUCCCUUAGCCCAAUAAAGCCGUCAGACAGUAAAGCAGAAAAGUAUCCCUAUUCUUUUAACCCAGAGAUAAUGGUUCCAAGGCAUGUUUCAAGUACUCAUGAAUCCAAGCAAGCAACAUUGUUCCAAAGCCCAUCUUUAAAUUCCUUGUUUGAUUUAGGUGUACUGUCUAAAGACACUGUCGGAAGACCAACCUCUACACCUCCCCAUCAUCCUACACAGAGUAAUGAAGUGUGUGUGUACCAGGAUACAGCUUGUGAAACUCCAAGAAAAGAAAGAAAAUAUCAGAUUGUUAACUUUUCAAGUCCAGAACCUGUAGACAAUGAAUCAGUCCCAGUCCCAGGACCUGUUGUUAUAUACCAGAGUGUUGUUUACCCGAGGUCUGCCAAAAUUUACUGGACUUGGCCCACAGAAGACACAGAUUUCUUUGAGGUAGAGUUUUAUGAAGUUGCUGGUAUUGGUCCUGAUAACAUUGUCCAGACACAACUAGCUGGCCAGCUAAGCAAAAUACAGCAGCAGAACCUUGAGAUACAUAAUCUGGACCCAAAUACAGAAUAUCUUUUUAAAGUCCGUGCUGUCAAUGCAAGUGGUCGAGGAGAAUGGAGUGAGAUCUGUAAGAUAAUCACUUCAGAUGAAUAUGGGAAAAUUGAAGACAG